AACAGCAAGCAACGUGUUAAAACGCCGCCUCUCGGACAACAAAUGAGCUUGUACCGCUUUAAGAGAGUUGAAAGGUCACAGCUCCACGUGGUGACAUCAUCAUGGCGGACACAACAGCAGUCUGGUGUUGACAAGAAGAGUCUGCAGCAGAGUCAUGGAAGAUUCUCCUAGUAGCAGCGUGGUGACUGAAGCACCUACCCAGGAGCGUGCAGCCCCAGAUGAUGUCAGAACCACAUCCGAGCCCGGCAUGUAUGGUUACAUCAAGCAGGACCUCUUCACAUCCGAGAUCUUCAAAGUGGAGAUCCAGAACCUUCCCAAGUUCAUCGGCUUUAACGACCUGAAGAAGUUUCUGGCCAAGCACGGCCUGAACCCGCACAAAGUCAAGCUGAUGAGCAGGUUCGCCUUCGUCACCUUUAAGAACGAGGAGGAGCGCGACAAGGCCAUGAAGAUGGUGCACGGGAUGCAGUGGAAGGGCCAGGUGUUGAGCGUCAGGCUGGCUAAGCCCAAGGCGGACCCCAUUCAGAGGAAGAGGAAGCAGCAGCAGGAGGAGGAGGAGGGAGCAGGAGGGCAGCCUCCUGCCAAGCGAGCAGAAGGCGACGAGGAGGAGCUGAGUGUCCAAAUUGCCAACGUGGUGACCCCUUUGUGGAAUGUACCUUACGAGGAGCAGCUGAAGAGGAAGCAACAGGAGGCUGUGGCGGUUCUGCAGGGCUUGGCAAAACAGAUUGGCAAAACCAACAAAGGUAUAUUGCCUUGGCUCUUCGACAUGAAAGGAAAACACAACAAAAUGUGUUGUCCCCUGGAGACUAUUCAACCAUCUCCUACACAGACCAACUACAGAAACAAGUGUGAAUUCCUCGUCUCCAUGGGCGCGGACGGGGAAGAUAAGACGGUGGGUUUCCGCUUGGGGAAAUACAAAGGUGGUUCUUGUGCUGUCGUGGGCCCGGAGGAAGCGUGCCACGUCUCAGCCGAGGCUAAGGAAGUUGUCCACGCGUUUCAAAACUUUAUCAGGUCAACACCUUACACCGUCUACAGUCCUGAAACUUAUGAAGGCCACUGGAAGCAGCUGACUGUUCGGACCACCAGGACCAAACAAGCCAUGGCAAUGGCGUUCUUUAAUCCUCAGAAACUUGAAGAAACAGAACUGGAUGUGUUAAAGAGCUCCAUGAAGAAAUACUUCACAGAUGGAGAGGGCAAAGACAGCGGAAUAACCUCUCUUUACUUUGUCAGAGAGGGUCAAAGACAAUCCCCCAACGCUGACAACUUGCCAUGUGAGCUGGUGCUCGGAGACGACUGCAUUUACGAGGAACUCCUCGGUCUACAAUUCAGAAUAUCUCCUCAUUCUUUCUUUCAGGUGAAUACUGCAGGAGCAGAGGUUCUGUACUCGGCGGUGGGGGAGUGGGCCCAAUUGGAUGAGAGCAGCACAGUUUUGGACAUUUGCUGUGGGACUGGAACUAUUGGCAUCUCUCUGGCUAAGAGGGUCAAGAAGGUUAUUGGCAUCGAGCUGUGCCAGGCGGCUGUGGAAGACGGCAAAGCGAACACGAAACUUAACGGUCUUAGUAACGUUGAGUUCCACUGCGGAAAAGCUGAAGAGACGUUGCCCAACAUUCUCGGCGCUCUUGUGUCCCCCAACAUCACGGCCAUUGUAGAUCCACCCAGGCCGGGAUUACAUUCCAAGGUGAUACUCGCCAUCAGGAGAGCGGCGCAUGUGAAGAAGCUGAUUUACGUCUCGUGCAACGCCAAGGCAGCUAUGAAUAACUUCAUUGACCUGUGCAGGGCGCCCUCUAACAGAGUCCACGGAGCACCUUUCCGCCCUGUUCGAGCUAUGGCGGUGGACAUGUUUCCUCAGACUAUGCACUUUGAGAUGGUUCUUCUCUUUGAGAGGGAAAGCACCUCCCAGCAGCAGAUCAACCAUCCGGAAGAAAAGGUCUGUUCAUCUUAGAGAUGGGUUCAUGUGUGGACAAAACACUCUCAUUAGACCAGUGGUUCUUAACCUUAUUGGAGGUACCCAACCCCACCAAUUUCAUAUGCGCAUCCACCCAACCCUUCUUUAGCGAAAAACAAAACAUUUUCAAAUUCAAGACUAAUUUGUGUUUUUUUUUUACUGGUGCACAAAAUCAAUCGUGUAUGAACCUCACCUUGUUCAAAGAACAAAACCAACACAGUGCAUGAACUCACAACAAAUUAAACACCUGCAAAUCAGAUGGAAAAUUAGAGAGAACAUUGUUUGGGAGUGUCCAUGAUACACUGUUAGGGAAAAGUUUUUAUUUACAGGAUGAGUUGGGUCUGUCUUGACCUCCAUGGAACCCCUAAGGCCGACUCACCGAACCCCAAAGGUUGGAUUGAACCCAGGUUAAGAACCACUGAAUUAGACAUUAAAGAAUAAUUCUUGUUUUGAAGAUUUAAAUUUACCAUCCAAAUUAUUUUUACUUUUCGUUAUUCUGUUAUACCCAAUGAUGUACUUCUUUUGGAAUAAAACUUGUAUUGUUUCAAAA